CGCCGGGGCGGGGCCAUGACGCGCGCGCCUCGUGACCCCGCUCGCGGCCUGCGCCCGAGGAAGCCGGAAGCGACGGCCGUCAGCUGCGCCGGCUCGCGGGGGAGAGGCGGGUUGAGUGCUUUGGGGUUUGUGGACCCCGCGAUGGAGCUAGACGCGCCAGUCGCGUGGCGGAGGUCGUUGCUUUUGCGGCGGCUGCUGCUGGUGUCGCUUCUGUGGUCGGGGCUGGUUCUGGGAGCGCUCGCCGUGGUCAGCAGCCCCCACAGGGUCCUCCACGACCUCCUGUCGGAGCAGCAGUUGCUGGAGGUGGAGGACUUGUCCCUGACCCUGCUGCAGGGCGGAAGGCUGGGGCCACUGUCGUUACCCCCGGACCUGCCGGAUCUGGAUCCCGAGUGUCGGGAGCUGUUACUGGACUUCGCCAACAGCAGCGCAGAGCUGACCGGGUGCUUAGUGCGCAGCGCCCGGCCGGUGCGCCUCUGUCAGACCUGCUACCCCCUCUUCCAACAGGUCGCGAACAAGAUGGACAACAUCAGUCGAGCCGUGGGGAAUACAUCAGAGAGUCAUAGUUGUGCCAGAAGCCUCUUAAUGGCAGAUCGAAUGCAGAUAGUUGUGAUUCUGUCUGAGUUUUUUAACUCCACAUGGCAGAAGGCAAAUUGUGCAAAUUGUUUAACGAACACAAGUGAAGAAUUGUCAAAUAGCACGCUAUAUUUCCUCAGUCUAUUUAAUCACACUUUGACCUGCUUUGAGCAUAACCUUCAGGUGAGCGUACACAGUCUUAUGCAGUUAAGGAAUUAUUCAGAAGUUUGCAAAAACUGUCGUGAAGCAUACAAAACUCUGAGUAGUCUAUACAAUGAAAUGCAAAAAAUGAAUGAACUUGAAAAUAAGGCUGAAUCUGGAACACAUUUAUGCAUUGAUGUGGAAGAUGCAAUGAACAUUACUCGAAAACUUUGGAGUCGAACUUUCAAUUGUUCUGUCCCUUGCAGUGACACAGUGCCUGUAAUUGCUGUUUCUGUAUUCAUUCUCUUUCUACCCAUUGUCUUCUACCUUAGUAGCUUUCUUCACUCAGAACAAAAGAAACGGAAACUCAUUCUACCCAAACGUCUCAAGUCCAGUACCAGCUUUGCAAACAUUCAAGAAAAUUCAAACUGAAAUCUACAAAACGGAGAAUUAACGUCCUGUUCCAUGGGUGAAUGGUAGGAGAUGCAGCUUGGUCCAAAAGAAGAUAAACUGAUUUGACAAGUCAAGUUCCUAAGAAAUGCAAGGACUUCAGAUUUAUUUUUAAAUAAGGAUUUUCAAUUUUUCUUUCCUUUUUCCUUUUUUAAGGGUUUGGGUAUUUUUAAUUUCCAGGCCAAGUAAUGUUGUCUAUUUUAAAGAGUAUUUGUUACAAUAACAAAAGAUGCAAGGACAAUCUUUGUUUUGUUUUGUAGGCAUAUUAUUACUAUUUGAGACUUCUGGUAUCUCCUUAUUAAUAUAGUAUUUUAGUAGCAAAGUUUUUGAAAACUAACAUUUAAAAAUUAAUUAAUUAUAGCAAAGACUUUGAAAAAGAAAUAUACUUGCCAAAAAGUAGCAGGUCCAAAGAUUAAUUUAAAUUACCAUUGCAGUAUUAUUGUUUUAUAUAUAUAUUUAAUAUGUCAUACAUUACAAAUAAUAUGUAAUUCAAUCUCUAGUUUACUUUAAGUGAUUUUUGAAACCACUAGUUAGAAACCUCCCUAACAAUUUUUAGAAGCAGGAAGGCACAUUACAUUUAUCUUUGUAAAAAGAUUUACGGUAACUGGUUUCUUACUUAACUUUUAUAAAUAGUGUUGUAUUUUACACCUUAUUUUUGCCUUUAUUUCCUAAAUAAUUUGAAAUCACUGGACUGCUGUAUUAUAUUCAGGGCAAGAUGGAUUCUUUUUCUACCAGGGAUUUGCAUUGUGAAUUACAUUAAGUUAUUUGGCAAUUUAUAAUUUAUUACUACUUUAAAUCAAAUGUAGCAUUCUCACAAUAUGUAUUUAAGUUGUUUUUUUUUUUUUUUAAUGGAGAUUCUCUUGGGAUAUAUGGAGAUUUUUGGAGGGGAGAGAGAGGAGGGGUAAAAAAACCUUAAGGUUCAGAAAAUAGGGACGUGAGGGGUGCUCACGAGAAGACUGUCGAAUGGUUCAUGUUGAGGGCAUGAGUUAAGAUGAGUCUGAUACAGAAAGCAGUUAGGUUAAGAUGCCUGUUUUUUUUCUAAAUUAUUUAAAUCAGUUAAACGUGAUAUGAUAGAAAUGAAGUCAGAUAUUUCACUAUCAGAAAGCAAAUUCUAUUUUGGGAUGUUUGUAUCAACCUUUCUAGAAAAAAGCUUCAUUUCAGAAUUGUUCACAGUUUUUUUCCCUCAGGUUUUUAGUGUUAGGUAUUUCAUUUGUUAAUUCCUUCUUGCUUUCUUGGUGGCAAUAGGCUUUGUUCUAAAUGUUGAGAAUGUGAAGCCUGCUCUGUAUAGAAACAAGAAUUAGGUUAAAUAGUACAAGAAUUUUAAUCCCUUCAUAUAUAGUAAAAUGCUCUAUAAAGAGGCAAGAAAGUGUUUUUAAUUUUUUUUAAUGUUUACUAUGUAUGUAGAGUUGAAAAAGAAGGCUUAUCUUUGGAUAUGUAACAUAUCCAAAAGCCGUUACAGUUUUUCUAGUUGGCUGUGAUCCAUUUAAAAUGUGCUGGGGUUUAUUCUGUCAUUGUCAUUGUUCAUGCUGCUGAUACUAAUAACACUGUCUUGAUUUGAAGCAUAUAGUUGAGGGCCAUUGAAAGCAAUCUUUCAUUAAUGCAGAUAAAACCAGUUUACAUAUGCAAAGUUACAAAAUGGCAUAUUUGAAUCUGUAAGUAGUGACUCUUUGAUCACCUUUCAAUGUUAUGUAUUUCUAAAAACCAUUGCUUUUGGGUAUGGUUGCAAAUAAGCACUUUAAAAAAGAAAAGAUAGCCUUUGCUAUUUUUCUGGUUGAGUCAUUGCUCUUUCAACAUAGCAUCAGCAAUAGAUUUCAAAAAUAAGUAUUAAGCAUUACACUGAAGUGUGUAAAUACUUCAUUUUUUAGUCAUACAGAUAAAUUCUUUGCAUAGUUUUAAAUUCUGAGACACAUAAGCAUAUGUGUGUGCAUCUUUAGCUUUUUGACACUUUGAAAUAAAGGAAGUAACUUAAAAAAAUUGCAGUGCACCAUAUUUGAUUUUUUAAAGAUAUAUUUUUAAAACUUCAGAUGUAAUUGAACAUCACACAUCAGUUUUUCAGGCAUUGAGUUUAAAUGCCUACUUUAAAAGUACCAUCUAAUCAUUUUGUUGUUAAUAAAAAUGUACUUUUGUAUUGUUUAUUUUUUUGUUUGGAUUUGAGAUGUAGAACUAGCAUCAGCUAGCUAUCUUAAAAUGUGACUCUAAAUCAAUACCACCAGAGUGUAGAUGGUAAAGGUUACUUCCAAGGGGACAGCAUUUUCUAAUGUUUCAUGGAUGAGCUGUACUUCUACUGCAGUGUACUCCUUAUAAACCGAAAUGUUUUUCCAGAACGUUAUUAUUGGGGUUGCAUUCCUGAUGAAAGACUUGACAUCUAUAAAUAAUAGACAUCAGCAGCAAUGAAUUAAAAGAGCAAAAUUUACACCAGUAACCUAUGUACCUGUUGAAGAUAGGAAAAAAAUUAUGUUCCAAGCACAUUGUUUUCUGAGCUACAAGAAACCUUAGUGGUCAUCUGGUCACAGACUUCGAGAGCCAGAUGGAUCCCUAAAGACAGCUGGAUCUAACCCAUCCACUGCAUGAAUUCCCUCUAAAAAGUGUAUCACUUAUUUCCUAUCUUCUCAAUUGAGGAAGCAGAACAUCAUGGAGCUCCUUAUUUAUGACUGAGCCAUUGUUUGAUAGUCAAAUCUAAAAUUGAGACUUGAAAUACCUAAUCAAAUGUUUUUCUACUAGGCUCAUCCAAAAUUCCAAAAAAUGAUCACAUUGAUUAUAAAAAGAGCUUCGGCCUAUGCUGAAUUAUACAUGUAACACAUAAAAAUUACAACUCUACCAGGGUUGCUUGUUCUAAACUAUUACAUCGGGUAUAAUAAAUAUUAGUCAUACAUGUAACAUACUUAAUGACCAGUAGUUUUCUUUGUCUCCUUGGAACUAAAGAGGGCUUUUAGAAGAUAAUAUGACUAAUUCAUGCUUCUUAAAGUAGGGAGGUUUUCCAUAAUAAUUUUUAAAAUCUUUUUCCUGUGAUAAACAGAUGUAUUUUUUAAAACAUCCAUCCCAGUACCUAAAUGCAAUCAAAAUAUUUCAAACCUUUAAAAGGAAUGAAUGAUAAGCCCAUCUUUAGCUAGAUAUUGUAGUAAAUCCUCCAUUGUCAUACCUAAGUACCAGAAUUGUAUCCAAAAGUUUUGCCCAAUAGCAUUAGAAGUGAAAAACAAUUCAACAACUGUAAUUUCUGGAGUAAUUGUAGACAACUAGAAUGUAGAUAGGAGGAUUGGAAGUUGUUAGCUUAUCUUGUUUUGACUUCUGAAGCAGAAGAGUAAGCAGAAGGAAGUAGGUUUCUGGUCACCAGAAUGUGUAUCUUCAGAGGCAGAGGCCCACAAGAGAAAGCUUGACAGUCAUCCCUGUUUCCAGAGGGGAAGUUAUGUCUUCCCUUUCUCCCUCCUAUUAGUACUUCAUUUUCUAUGUUCAUUUGAAGUGCUAUUGCCAGUAAUGUAAUAGGAGCUGAGAUAUAAAGGGCUUGACCGUGGCUUUCUAAAAUCCAAAUCCUCAAAAUAAAUAAACAAACAAAUAAAAUCCAAAUCCUCUUUA